AUGGACGAAUUCAUACAGGGUUCCUCGACGGCUUCAGACUUUGACGACAUCCCGGACCCUUUUGCGGACGCUGAAGUGGAUUGGGAUACCCUUCUGGGCAGUCAACCAACACAAACCACUCAACCCGAAACCCAAAGCGUUGGAAAUGACUUCGAGGACAUCGCUGAUAUUUUUGCCAAUGUUGAUGUCGACUGGGAUAAUCUGCUCUCAACACCACUCCCGCCGACCAGUCAACUUUCUUUAGCAACUGAGCCUCCGUCCUCCUUUACUUCAUUGAAACGGCAACGAAGUGUCUCUCCACCGCCAAGCAGCGCCGAACGCCGACCCUUGGGGCCAUAUAAUUCGCCCCCGAAAAAGCGCCAAAAAAGCCCUGAACCUGCGGCAAAAUUGCUAGAGGGCUUUGAGGAUGAACUAACAUGUGCUAUUUGUUGCGACUUGCUGGCUGCCGCGCAUUUAUUGAAUCCUUGUGGGCACUCCUUCUGUGGGGAGUGUGUUUCAGAAUGGAUUUCGGUCAAAGUCAGAAAGACGACUUGUCCGGUUUGUCGAGCCAUCAUUGCAAAGCAACCUAUGGCGCCGAAUAUCUCACUCGAUAAACUGGUGGAUGUUCAUGUGCGUAUGUUGGGUAUGAAUGACACUGGGUGGAAGGAAGGUGGCGAAAAGUUGGCUGAACUCGAUAAACGACGCCGGACAUGGAAAAACAGAGCUACUGCGAGGGCAAGGCAGGACAUUGUGUCCCACACAGUGUGGGUGAUUGACGACGAGGAAUCUGACGAGUCUGAGGACUACGAUGAAGACGAGGAAUUCAAUGAAGAAGAUUUGGACGAUAUUGUCUGGCUUGCCCAACCACCACAUUGA